AUGGAUAAUGGGGGCUUCGAUGGCGGCUUCGGUGCCAGCGGCGGAGACGAAGGAGGUUUUGGAAGCGACGGAGGAGCAUAUGAACCACAACAGAAGAAGAAGCAGGAGUUGCCCCCCGAUUUACCGCGCUCCCUCGAUGACAGGAGACAUGCUCCUACCGAACACUUGGUAACAGAGACGGAGAUGUAUGAUGGAUGGCAAGGACAAUCGCAGUUCUUGACAUCACCCAUACCGGCCAAGCCUUUGAGCUUCAGCAACCUUCACCUCAACGACCCUCAGUUCGACGAGGACAUAACCAAGGGAGGCGGGACCGACAGCGAGACUAGACUAAUGGAAAUGCUGGCUGCGCAGGCCGCGCAUUCGGCCAGCGCAAUCUUUGAGGAUGAGAACCUGAUCGCCAAUGACGACAAGAUCCCGCAGGACGAAAAGAAAGAUGUCCUGCAGAGAGCCUUUAUCAUGGCUGCCAGCAAUGGCAAUGUCGAGUCCGUUCGCAAAAUCCUCGACGGGCCAUGCAGACAAUAUGUGGAUAUCAAUGCGCCAGAUGAAGAAGGGACGCCGGCCCUCAUCUACGCAAGCUGUUUUGGACACGAGGCCGUAGUACAAGUCCUUAUCGACGCCGGAGCUGAUGUUGACAAGCAAGACCGCAAUCAAUGGAGUGCACUUAUGUGGGCCAUGACCAAUCGACACAAGGGCAUUGCAAAGUUACUACUCGACAACGGCGCCUCUCCCGAAAAGAAGACCUCUACAGGUCGAACUGCCUUCGAUUUUGUUGCCCCAGACAGUGACAUGUCUUUCUAUCUCCACGACAGCGGAUAUGGCAUUGGUACGGCCGGUGCCGACGACUUUUACAACCCUGGCUUCUCUCAAGACAAGUUCGAGGAAGAGUUGGCUGAGAACGAGAUGCGCAGGAGAAUGAUGAUGGAGAGUGCUCGUGAUCUGGAAGUUGAUCUAGGAAACGUGGGCAUGGAUGACCAACCCGAGCCUGUUGACGAAUUUGAGGAAGAGCAGCAAGAGUUCGACUGGGCGAGGUGUCUCCACGACCAAAUGUUUGUUUUCCAGGAGAGCGAACUGGACAGCAUCCUGGACAUCGUCAUCACCAACAUGACCCCGCAACGAUCACCAUCACAAAAACCCGUACCCGCGAACAUGAUCUUCCUGGGGGCUCGAUAUGCGCAUUACCAUGCCAGCCGUGAAUUGUUAGCAAAGCUACUGAUCACUGCCAUGGACAAAAUUAACAAUGUCGUGGAGAGAUAUCAGUGGGAUAUGACAAUCCUGGCUUUUUGGGUUUCCAACGCAACCCUGCUGCUACAUUACCUGAAGAAGGACGCCGGCUUGGUAGAAGCCACUACCGAAUUUCAAGCGCAGCUUGCAGAGUUGAUCAACGAGAUAUUCAUUCUUAUUGUCCGGGAUGCCGAGAGACGUUUGGACAAGGUGCUGGAUGCCGGCAUGCUAGACCAUGAAACAAUUCCCGGCUUCGAAAACAUUGAGUUCCAAGGGGAGUGGACGAUCUUCAAGCGCAAGAAGGAGGUGAAGGAACCGCCCAUGGAGAAGCGCUUCAGGCCACCGUCCCCCAAGCAGAGGGCGAAGCCGUCUCCGCGGAACGUCACAUCACUACUUUCCUCUACGCUUUUUGUCCUGGACCUUUACGACGUUCACUCAGUCAUCACGGCACAGGUCAUCUCACAACUAAUAUACUGGCUCGGCGCCGAACUUUUCAACCGCAUAAUGUCCAGUCGCAAGUACUUGGCGCGGACCAAGGCUAUGCAGAUCCGCAUGAACAUCUCGGCCCUGGAGGAUUGGGCUAGAACCAACAACCGACAACCUGAGCACUAUGAAGGCGGCGAGAUGAAGUCGAGCGGGGAGACCACCAUGGAGGCAGCGCGCCGCCACCUCGCCCCCGUCAUCCAGCUCCUGCAAUGGUUGCAGGUACUUUCGUCGCUGGGCGCCGACGACCUCGAGGCGCUCGUCGGUACUCUCCAACAGCUCAAGGCACUGAGCCCCCAGCAGCUGAUCCAUGCCGCGACGCACUACCGCUCCGAGGUCGGCGAAAAGGGCCUCCCCAAGAGCGCCAUGAAGUAUUUGACGGCCCUGCAGGCCAUGCGCAAGGAGCGCAAGCGUGAGUCACAGAUGUCGCAGUUGUCAGUCACAUCGCCCAUCAAGGAGCGGGGCGGUGAUGGCAGCAUCAGCACGCCCGUGACGCCCAUCAGCCGGUCCAUCAACGGCAGUCCCUGGGCGUCCACUCCGGGCGGCGCCACGACGUCAUCCGAGGGUCCUGGAGGCGGCGAAGACGGUGAGGACGACGACGAGGACGCGCCGGCUAACUUGCUCCUCGAUCCGGCCUUCAUGCUCCCCUUUACCCUGCCCAGCAUGACAGACAUGCUGGUUAGCUACGGGGCCGGGUUUGGCGGAGUGAACAGGGAGAGGGAACGCAAGUACAUACCGAGUAUCCCGCCCGAGUUUCUGGAUAAGUUUGAGGCGGCGAAUAGUGGAGGGAGGAAAGGACCGCCGCUGUUUGGGGAGAAGGAUUGGGAGAAUGAGGAGGUUUAG